AUGGGUGGACCUCCCAAUAAAGCCGCCUGCUGUCUCGAAACUGGCCGACAAGAGGAACCCGUCGAUGGAGUCAUCUACGAAUAUCUCUGUAACUACUAUGCCACAAAUACCAAUGUCAUGUACUACGAGGUCUUGAAUGCUUAUGAAUGUGCCAAGAAGUGCUCCGAGACGGGCUUAUGUCAUGCCGCCUCGUGGAAGCCAAAGACUAGUCACAGUCACAGUGGGGGCAGGUGCUUCUUAGCUACGGCAGGGUUCGUUGAAAUGCCUGAUCGACAUGGCGAAUGGUUGCUUUUGGUCCGAACAGAUCGAACGGCGUCAGUCCCUGGUGACACUACCAGCCCUCAUCCUCAGCCUGAUUGCCAGGAUGAGGUGGAUGAAUCGUGGGCACAGCGCCUGGAAGUUACUGAUGAGGACUGUGAAAUGAGGACCACAUCCAUGCGGCAGCAGCUGCAGGCAAAAGAGGCGGACCUUGUGAAUUGUAAGUGUCUGCAAAGACUGUGGCCCUAA